GCUUCUCUCAGUUUUUCGGGGGAUAAUCAACAUUGGGAUGGGCCGAUGGAUUCAAAUAUAAUUUGGGGUGGGAGUCGUUUAUAUAAACCCAGAAAACAACCACUGCCAAUGUUAGAAGUGAUCUAUUGUUCUGAGUUUUCGUGACAAUGAUGUUGAUAGUUCUGUCGUGUAUUGUGGCUGCAUGCCUGGCAGUUCCACAAAACUACUACCAGCAACCUCAAUAUCCUCAAUAUUCAGGAAAGCCAGUCGUGCCCAUCACUUCGGAAUCCAACGAACUCAACCCUGAUGGUUCGUUCAGUUACAGUUACUCAACAGGCGACGGACAACAAGCUCAGGCUCAAGGUUACCUGAAAAACGCAGGAAACAAAGAAGCCGAAGCUGAAGUGAUCCAAGGAUCUUACUCCUACACCGCUCCAGAUGGUACUCCCAUCACUGUCAAUUGGAUCGCUGACGAAAACGGCUUUAGGGCUGAAGGAUCGCACAUUCCAACUCCACCACCAGUGCCUGAAGCUAUCCAAAGGUCGCUGCAGGUGGUGCCACAAUCCAGACCGCAACAGCAACCUUUUCAACCUCAGUAUCAGUCGCAACAAUUCAAAAGGCCUUUCAGGUUUUAGGGAUGGUUUGUUUGGUUUUGUAGUUUAGACCUAUUUCUGUUGGCCAGUUCAUGAAAAAUGUACAAAUACACAGUCAUUUUGUAUAAC